AUGACAGGGACUAUAAUUAUACUCACUCAUUUAUUAAAGACUGGAAAUUCCAUCCUCAAGUCUCACACGUCACUCCCACAGCUCCAUCCAAACUACUUCUUUCUCAGCAAAGCUGUGAAGAUGGAAGUCCCUAAGCAUGUUGCUAUCAUUGGCGCUGGGCUGUCGGGCCUCAGUCUUGCCCUGGCGCUGAAAAAAGUCAACAUCCCCUGCACCGUCUACGAAGCCCGCGCCGAAUCCUACGACGUCGGCGGCGGCAUCACCCUCUCGCCCCACGCCCUGCGCAUCCUCGCAAGCUGGGCGUGUACCGGCGCGUCUACGACAAGGGCUUCCACUUCGACACGCUCUCCUUCUGCGAUGGCGACGGCCAUGUGCAGGACGUCUACUACUUUGGCUCCGAGAAGCUAUGCUGGCCGACCAGGGCGUGGAGAUCCAGUUCAACAAGCGCUUCGCCCGCAUCGUCGCCGAGUCGGCCGACGCGUCGACUUCGAAUUCGCCGACGGCUCGACGGCCUCGUCCGCCCUCCUGGUGGGCGCCGACGGCAUCCACUCGACGUCGGCGCUCGAGGGCGCGCCCGUCGAGAACAUGGGCAUCUGGGCCUUCUACGGCAUCCCCAAGCUGGACAAGUGGGCGAGCCCGGCCGAUCGCGUCAUCGUCGUGGGCGACGCCGCGCACGCCAUCCCUCCGACGGCCGGGCAGGGCGUCAACCAGGCCUUUGAGGACGUGAACAUGCUGGCGCUGCUGCUGUCGAAGCUGUCGCCGCAGGUGCCGCUGGCAGAGGCGUUGAAGUUCUGGCAGGACUACCGACAGGCGGGAAUCGACAAGGUGCUGGAGCUCACGCAGCAGAUGAACGCCAAACGCCUGCCGCCGGCGGAGCAGGCCAAGCUGCCGCCAGGCGCCAUCUGGAAAGAUGAGUCGGCGACGCGAGGCGAGGGCGGGCAGCUGCGGUGGCUGUAUGAGCCGGAUCUGGACGAGGAUGUGGCCAAGUGGAUUGCUGCGAGGGAACAUAGCUAG